AUGACACAGCGAAAAAUAGAACACAUACGAGAAUAAUAACAAGCAGCAACCAAACGACCGGCAAGAGGAAGAGAACGGCAGAGAGCAACCACAUCCCGGGGUUUCAACAAACACGGCAAGAACGGAUUGUGCACGACCGUUCGGGCACAAGAGCACGGCGGAAGCGUUCGAGACCCACAACCAUGGCGGGCACGAGAAGAAGAAGAAGAACAAGAACAAGAACGGGCACAACAGCGACGACGACGACGCGACAGAGUGGCUCCCGGGAUCGGGGCCUCCCUGCGGGCGGGUUCGUCUCGCUGGUAUGGGCAAUGAUGCUCGCGUUGUCCCUCGCUCGCGUCGGCUUCGCUUCGGAAGCGGCGACAGCGGCAACCGAUUCCCGCGACGACAAAGCGAGUUACAGCCACGGCCAUAGCCACCGCAACCGCAGCGCAAACUCCCUUCUGAAAGACCACGCCCGGCUGGCCAGAGGCGAGAUGGUCUGCGAGAAUCGCCCGGAGGAAAGGGGCAAGAGCGCCGUCUACUGCGUCUUUCGGUUCGACGACGCCGAAGACAAAGACGAGGACCGCCCGAGCGACAAAGGCGUCGGCCACGAACGGACAAAGACCGUCUUUACGGACUGCCCAAGGGCUUCCGGUGGCGGCCUCUGCAUCAAGGCCGCCGUGUCCCGCGAGGCAGCGGCGCUUUUCCCCCACCAAACAGCCGCGGCGGAAAACGGGAUCGCAAAGGCGACGGCGAACAAAGAGGGGGACCGGCGAAGGGCCUCCCGCUCGGUGACCCACCGCCCGGAACCCCCCGAGGGCGGUGCAAAGGACGGAGAACCCUUGGUCGCAACGUCCAGAGUCACCGUUACCUCGUCGUCGUCCACCAGACAAACAGGGGGGUCCGCAACACGAAGGUCGACCGAAACCGCGUCCGGUGCAAAGGCUUCUCCGAAGCAGCAGCAAAGCGUCCGGAAGGAAGCUACAGAGAAAAAGCCGCCAAAGAGAGAGACAGUGCCAUCCACCGGGACGUUUGCCGCAACCAUUCCCAAUGUGCAGACCGCACCGAAGCACGAGCACGGGACCGGGAAGAAACAACAAGCACCGGUGGCCAAGAAAGAACCAAGAUCCACUACCAUUUCGGUCGGAGAGGCUACCUAUACAGUACCCUACGAACCGCAAUACGGGAUCGCCGUCGGCGACGUCUUGUCGGACUACGCGACGCUGGAGUCCGAGCUGAACGCGGAUGGAAGGACGAUCGACCAGCCGACCAUCGAGCUGGUCGACUGGUACAUGGAGCUCGGACACGCCCAUCUGGAAGACGCCGAAUACGGGGUCCACUUCGAAAACAUGGCCACCAUCAACUACCGGCAGGAGGUAUAUACGCAGCACCCAAAGCAGUACCACGUGCAGCUGGCCAUCCAGGCGUACCAAAAGGCGCACACCGCCCUUUGGUCGCUCGGCAGAACCCACAACGACGACGACAAGAACAACAACAAAAACGACGACAACAACAAAAACGACGACGACGAAAGCCGCGAGGACCGUGUGGUGCGCAUGCAAUACGAGUCCACCCUGGAAUUUUCCUUCGGGGAGGCCUAUUCGGACCUGGCGGAGGCCAACGAUAACGACCGGGCCUACGCAGAAAAGGCCCUGGCCUCCUACCGAAAGGCGCAGACCUCUUACGAAACACUCCGCUACAACUAUGCCAAGUUUGGGGUGGAACGGCAGCAGCAACAACAACAACAACAACAACGCUACAACCCUAGUUUCGAGGACGACGUUUUCAACGAGGAGCGCUAUUAUUCCAUCGAAAACGGAUAUGCCAUUAGCUGUUACGAACUGGCAAUGGCCCUCUACCAAGACCUGAUUCUCACGGAAAACGAGGAAAUACGCAAGGCCAACGACAAGGCCAUGGAACUCGCGGAGUCCCAGCUCGGACUGAACGAGGACGCCACGGAGGACGAGAUCAUGGACGCUCUGCUGAGCCAAACCACGAGCGGAGGAAUGGGCGGUGCGGGGGCGACUUCUUCCUUUGUGUCGAUCCCCCUCGACAUCGGAGACGACGAGCUGCAGGACCUCUUCGGGGCAGGCACCGGCCGCUUUUCCGAGGCAAAGGAGGCCUCCCUCCUCGAAAUAGAGGGCUUUCUGGACACGGCCAUUCUGACCUUUCUGCAGCACGCCGAUUAUCCACCGUCCGGGGACGGAGCCAGGUCCGGCGGGUUCUUCCACGGGCAAACGCCGCCCAAGAAAAAGAAGAUUGUCGUUGUCAACGGCAAGAGGAAAAAAUCGCAAGAGGAACUCCGAGCGGAAGAGCGACUCUUUCACUGGCGGGCCUCCCUGGCCACCGCCUACCAAAACUCCGCCAGGAUCGCUACGGUUCGGAACCACCACAUCCGGGCCAGGGAGCUGACGAACAAGGCACUCGAGCUCUAUACAAAGGUCGUGGUACCCUACUACGAAGAAACGGAGAGGGGGUCUGGCAAGGGCAGCAAGGCCCGGGAGAACGCGAGGCAGUUUGUAUCGUCGAGCAUGGCUUCCACCAUGACCAAAGAGUACGCCAAGACGUCGAUCGGCGAACUCAAAAAGUCUCUGGCCGCCACCGCGCUGUACCUCGGAAACUACAGCGAGUCCAUGGGGCAAUACAACAAGGCCAUGACGUACUUCCAGAGGAACCAUCUCACUCCUUCUCCCGACGGCAUGUACAACACACUCCAGGGCGACGACGUGGGCAUGCACCAAUACAGAGAAAUCGUAGCGACCUACCAAAAGGAGCUGGAGGAUUACCGGGGGAACGUAAGGGCGAUGUACGUCUACAAGGACGACUCCUACGAGGCGGGGGUCCUCCUGGCCCUGGCCAGCAUGACCAUGGCCAUGGGAGACCUGCCGGUGACGAUCCGAUCCUACGAGGAGGCCAUCGAGAUCUACGACCGCAUCCAGAGCAACCCCGAUCGGAAAACCAGGCUGGGCCUCGCGAGCGCCCACAGCGGUCUGUCCUCGGCGCUCUUCUUCUCCCGGCGGUUCGCCCACAGCGGGCACCACUACGGAAAGGCCCUCGGGCACUUCCGAUCCGUCUACGGGGAGGGGACGCCGCCCCAGGAAGAGGCCGAGCUGGCGAUCGAGGACAUGAAGGACGAGCUGAUCCAGGCCUACGGCGAAGAGUACUACGAAUCGCUCUAUGCCCAGUACACCGCGAUGGGCGGCGGGAAGGGGGGGGGCGGGCCGAGCGGAAGCGGCUCCGGUGCGGACGGCCCCGGGGUAUCGGGGAAUUUCGACGUGGUCGGGUACCACAACGCGACCUUCGCCGCGGAAGAAAGCGCGGCCGCCACCGCCGGCGGCGACGAUAGCGACGACGACGACGACCACGCCCAUCGCGCGCACAGCGGCGAGCUGUGAUGCGAUGCGAUGCGAUGCGGGCAGGGGUGGAGUCCUUUCCGGGCCAAGCGCACUGCCCGGUGGUGGAGGAUUCCCGGAAAAAAAUUGUGCAUCGGAUUUCCUAUCGGAUGGUAGUACGUAGCACCAAAUGGAUUUGGAGACGUGUUUUGGCGCGCUGUAUAUGCUCGGGAAUGCGACGCAGUGUAUUGCCGAUACGAUUUUGGUUAGAAUAAAAUAGAGCCAUCGCAUAAUC